AUGGCUCAACAGGGUCGGCCGAGCGGUGAGAAAGGGAAAAGCUCAGCCACGAACAGGGAAAGUGCGCCGUGCAACCAGUCAAGGCCUAUCACGCCAGUUGAGCUCUCUCCCAGCCUGGGGCAGUCGCUGCCUAUGUUGCGGCUCCCCAUUGACGAGUUUCGAGACAGGAUUUUGCAGCACAUACGCGAAAACCGGGUCACCCAUAUCCAGGGAGAGACCGGCUGCGGAAAAUCCACGCGCCUGCCACAGUUCAUUCUGGAGGAUGCCAAGGAAAGAGGAGAGGAGAUUCGCAUGGUGGUUACACAGCCAAGGCGGAUGGCCGCUGUGACGCUAGCCAAGCGCGUCGCCUCUGUUCUGGGCGAGGAGAUUGGCCAGGGGACCGUUGGCUACAGAAUCAGCGGCGACACGAUCAAUGGCAAGCUGUGCUUCGUCACUGUGGGAUACCUUCUGCAGCGCUUGGUCAACAACCCAGAGGACUACCAACGCUACACCCACGUGGUGCUAGACGAGGUGCACGAGCGGGGUGUGGACGCUGACCUCCUUUCCUUGGUCAUCAAGUUGUUAAUGCAUUGCUGCCCCACGGUGAAACUCGUCGUGAUGUCAGCAACCCUUCAAGCUACGCUUUUUGCCGACUAUUUUGCGUCGCUGCACCCUGGAAGAAGGCCUCCGGAGGUUCUAGCAGUUGGUGCUCGGUGUCAUCCAGUCGAGCAGCUCUUCCUGGAUGACUUGCAGCAGCAUUUCGACUUCAGCGACUCCAAAGACCGACGGAGUUUGGAGAAUGCCUUGCAGGCUUUUGCGGGGCUGUCAAAGGGUCGAGGUAAAGGCAAGGGCAAAAAGGAUGGUCGCGGAGGUGAUGAAGCCAGCUUCAAGCGAGUGGAGCCACAGAUCUCAGAAGGAUUGCUGGAGGUCACUUGCUCUCUUGUACAACAGCUGGCAAGACCUGGAUGCACAAUCAUCGUGUUCCUGCCGGGCAUUGCGGAUAUCACGCAGCUGUUCGAGUCCUUGGCGCCUUUGGAUGACGUGCGCUCCUUCGGCCGACCGGGCGUGGUGCGACGAUCCGAUUGCCCUAGGCUUCGGGUCUUCGCCUUGCACUCGAUGGUGCCCCGCCAGGAGCAGGAGGAAGUGUUCAACGAAGUACCUAAGGACACUGGCCACGUUGUACUUGCCAGCAACAUUGCUGAGAGCUCCUUGACACUGCCAAGCGUAUGUGCAGUGGUGGACCUGGCGCUUAGACGAACCGUGCAGUACGACACGCGGCGGCUGAUGUGCUGCUUGGUGACCACCUGGUGCUCCCAAAGCUCAUGCAAGCAGCGGCGGGGUCGGGCAGGCCGGACGAUGCCGGGGCGCGCGCUUUGCCUUGUCCCGCGGCGUUUCUUUGAAUCCGAGCUGCCAGCCUUCGACCCGCCCGAGAUGCUGAAUGCUCCCCUCACAAAGCUCUAUUUACAGGCGAAGCAGCUCUGCUCGACUUUGGCAAAAGCUUCAGAUCGAGUUCGUCUUCCGCCUGACGUCAAAAUGGACAUCUCCUCUCCGAAGGCAUUGCUCAACGAGGUGGUGCAGCCCCCUUCUCUGAAUUUGCUGGAUGCAGCCAUCCAAGAGCUGUCUGCUGUAGGCUGCCUCACCAUGCCGGCAGAGGAGGCAGAGAUUACCCCGCUGGGUCAGAUUGCUGUAGCAUUGCCGUGCGACCUUCGCAUAUGUCGCCUGCUGUUUCUCGGCUGCUUGUUCGGAUGUCCAGCAGACGCCCUGGCGAUGGCUGCGGGUCUCACGGGCCCAGAUCCGUUCAGCACACCUUCGCUUCUGGUCCUCAAGGACCAGAAAGAAUACGUGCAGAAGUUGGAGCGAUCCUUCGCUUCACGACGAUGGUGCGAUCACGGGACGUUUUCAGAGCCCAUCAUGAUGCAUUCUCUUUUCAAAGAAUGGAUUCGUGCGGGCGCGCCAAGAGGUGCGAAGCAACUCGGGUCGUUUGUUCGUGAUUGGUCCAUCAUUCCCAAGAAGUUUGAAUCACUCACUGCAGAUGCAACAGAACUGACAGUCCGCUUCCUCAAACUUUUGCGCGCCGGACGGGCUCGCAGCAACCUGGAGGAGCUGCUCGCUGCCAUGCACCACAAGGUGGACAAGGGAGAUGACCUGCUGCGAAUGACGGGUUGGGGCAACCCAGAGCGAAUAUUCAGCAGUGAGGUCGACAAGCUUCGCUGCUUGCUGGCUUUGGCCUUCAGUGACCAGAUGCUCUUGCACCUGAACCCUCGCUGGGCCCCAUCUUCUGGUGGCAAGAAGCGCUUGGAAGAGCAGGCUUGGGGGUCCCCGGCCUCGGCUCUGGCCUUGCCCGAGAGGACGACGAGGACAGUCCGGGAGGCGAAAGCACUGCCUCGUCCGAAGCUUGGAAUCCUCAGCUGGUGGCAUACUUCCACUGCGCAUCGCGUUCUCGUUUGGUUCAGCAUCCUGUGCCUUAGCCUUGCGGCGGCAGCGGGCCGCCUGCUGGAUGAGCGCGAGGUAGAUGGAAUUGGUUGGUUUCCUGUUGGCUUCGGUGCAGAUGCUUCCUGCGAGGAGGAGGAGGAGGAGGAGGAGAAGGAGGUCCCGGUGCUCGGUGACGGGUAUCAGAUCAAGUAUCCGAAGCGCUUUGUUAGCCAUGUUAGCCUAAGUGAUCCUCUGUUCCAAGGUGACCACCUUGGAGGCGCCGCCGCGCUCAUCCGGGACGGUGUGAUUGGGUCCAAUGCCACUACGAGCGCUGGCACCAGCGUGGUCCGGCGGACCAGUGCAGCCAACCGAGAUCCGGAUAUGAGCAACAGCCCCAAGCAGCGCGGCAUCUGCAGUGCUGCGCUCCAGUUGGGUGGUUCCCUCAUUGACAAGUGCUCAGCGGAUCUUGGCGGGACUAAGGUGGCAACGGAACACGUGGGGACGUCUCGGUCAAUGUACGAUUGCGCCCUGGUUCUAACUCGGAGGCUUGGUUGUUGUACUCUGGCUGCUGGCGCAGUGGACUCGACCGGAGUUGACAGGAUGAUCGUUGUGCUGCUGCGCCAAAUAGGGAGCAGAUACGAUCAGCUGGGCGAGGCCCAGUACCAGUUCGACCACGUUUUUCCAGAAGACACCUCUCAGGAGGAGGUCUUUAAUGUCGCUGUGGCACCCAUUUGCGAGGCGGUCAUAAGUGGCUACAACGGUGCAGUCAUUGCCUAUGGCCAAACUGGGUCAGGGAAGACCCACACGGUCGUUGGAACCUCAAAGUUCAGAGGGGUGGCCCCAAGAGCCAUACACUGCAUCUUCGAUGCAUUGGCGCAGAGAUCCCUUUGGUCUGUUGAUGUUUCAGUCCUCGAGAUAUACAACGAGCGUGUGCGAGAUCUCCUGAGUCCAGGAGCUGUGACUCAUGUUGACGUUCACGAAGUUCGUGGAGAUCACGAAGGUGCCAGCUUUCGCUGCCCAGACGCUGUGAGGCGGCAGGCUUCCUCACCUGAGGAGGCUUUAGCAGCCCUGGCCGAAGGCAUGAAGCGCAGGGAGACUGCGCGGACUGACAUGAACCACCACAGCAGCAGGUCGCAUCUGAUCUUUACGCUGACCGCCACGCAGCGGGACCCCGAGAUCGGGGCAACGCUUCGCGGCAGGCUUCAUUUAGUGGACUUGGCCGGCAGUGAGCGACUGAAACGGUCGAUGUCCACGGACUUUGCUUCACCGCGAGGUCCCACUCUAACACGCCGCGGAAGUGGCUCAGGGCCUCGGGCUCAGAGGUGGCGGCGACCGCAUCUAUCUUCCCUAACAUAA